GGUUCACCACAUCCCUUAGUCGGCAGUACUGAGUUCCAUACGGAACUUUUUCGCUUACAGUCUUUUUAAAUAUAAUAUGUACGUGAAAGAGUAAAAUAACAUCGCAUUUUAUGCAAAUAUCCUUAAACCAUCAUGUUUGAGGGUAUUGUUGCAUCGUUACUGAACAGAUACUUGGGCAAGUAUAUCGAAGAUUUGGACUUAGAAAACUUAAAUGUUGGCAUAUUCGGAGGGAAUGUCUUUUUGUCAAAUUUAAAGUUAAAAACUGAAGCUUUGUACGAACUUGGACUGCCUAUAGAAGUGAAAGCUGGAUCAAUAGGAAAAUUCAAUGUGAACAUACCGUGGAAUGGACUUUCAAGCCAACCAGUAGUUAUAAAAAUUGAAGAAAUAUUCAUAGUCGCGGGGCAAGUUAUCGAUAGAGAAUGGGAUACAGAAUUGGAAAAGCGUUUGGCGAGAGCUGCGAAGAAAAGAAUUUUAGAAAGUAUCGACAAUUUAUCAAUAUUCGGAAACGGUUCUAUGGAAAAUGGCGGGUUUCUUGAAACUCUUAUAACAACUGUUAUGAAUAAUUUGCAAAUAUAUAUUAGAGGUAUUCAUAUUCGAUUUGAAGAUUCAAUGACUAAUACAGAUUCCCCGAGAGCUUUAGGUCUAUGUAUACAAACAAUUUCACUGGAAACAACCAACAGCAAGUGGAAGCCAAUUUUGUCACAACAAAAUGGGCAGACUUCCGUGUAUGAAAUCGUCAAAAUUGAUUCUGCUUCAUUUUAUUGUAAUACAAUGUGUUCAACUUUAUUGUAUACUAAUAAAACAAUGGUAUCAGAUUGGCAGGAUAAGAUGCGAUCAGGUCUUAAUAAUUUCAACAUUAAUGAAGAACCCUUGGAAUUUAUAUUGAAACCAGUCGUUUUAAAAAUCAAAAUUAUUGUCAACAAGUCAAAUGAAGUCAGAGUUCCUAAAUUACUUGUUGACUUUGUUCUCCAAGACGCAGCUUUACAAAUGUCUAGAAAACAAUUUGUAGCACUGAUGGAAACUGCAGAGUUUAUGAAAUUAGCAGAGAUUAAUAGGUUAAUACAUUUAUAAUAUAUAUAUAUAAUAUAAAAUA